AUGUCAGGCUUCGAGGUUGUUGGCGUCGUGCUGGGUGCAAUUCCGCUCAUCAUCUCGGCCCUUGAAUGUUACAAAGUCACUAGCCAGAGGAUUAAAUUCAUGACCAAGAAAGAGCUGCUCCUGAACCAGCUAAUCCAAUCGCUAGAAGAGCAAAGGUUCUUUUUCCACACCGAUCUCUGCUUGGCGCUUAAGCCAACCCACCUGGAGGAGGAGGAAAUCACCGCCCUGAUAGACGAAACUGGGUUCGAUCUGUUUCAGGAUCCAGGUAUUGCAGACGCUCUCAAAGAGCAUCUUGGCGAGGGCUUUGCAUUGUACCUCAAUGCCGUCACUCGAUGCGAGUAUAUUCUCGGCACUAUUGUUGCCAAUAUCGGCGGUCUUGUAUCCACAGUUGAGGUACCCAUCUCUGCUUCGAGUAUCUGA